CGCAGGAGCUGCUCCUACAACUUCUGCCAGAAACCUGACCCGCUACGCGGUUCCACUUCCGCUUCCUGGAACACGCGCGAUUGUACUUCCGCUUCAAGUCUCUUGGACAUGCCGCGGAAGGAUCCGUGCCAGAAAUACGCCUGUGAGUUGCAAAAGUGUUUACAAGCCAACAACUACUCGGAAUCGAGGUGCCAGGCCGCCCUCCAGGAACUGCGUCGGUGCUGCGCCCGGUUCCCCAAGGGGGUGUCGCCCGUGUGCGCGGGAUGGGAGAAAGAAGAGGAAGAGAAGUCGGUCAUGGGGUCCGGGUCCAAGUGAAGCGGUGCCCGGACAUUCACUUCCACUUCCGGUUUCCCUCGGGCUUCAUUUCCUAUCCUUCCUUCAAGCCUGGUAGCGGCUGAGGGCAAAUUAAUGUGUGGAGAAUACAUGUGUAAUGAACGCAGAAUAAAUGUGUUCAAUGGAGAAGGAUCCGCUAAAAUAAACCUGCUUUACAUUGA